AUGAAGGAGGCAGAUUUACAAAAACAGAAGGCUUACAUAGAAGAGCAAGAAAAAGUUGCAAGUGCAAAGACAUUUACUAAAAAGGCUGAGUUGGAAGCUGAAUUUGAACUGCUCAACUAUAAGAAGGAAGCAGCGGCCGCUACUGCAGAGGCUGAUGCGCUUGAAUAUGACCAAAAUGUUUGUGGUAGUAAAAAGUCUGAUCUUCUAUCAAAAACUGUUUAUGAACGAACUAAUCGAUAUGUAGAACAGCAGUUUCAGGAUAUAAGUGUAGUAAUUACAUCAGAACAUCCUAUCCAAGAGCUUGAAAUAUUAGAGGACGAACAAGAACUUAGCUCGAUGAACGUAUCAUGUUUUGUGGAUGUUCAAGAAUGGGAACUAAAAGACUUUGUAGUAACAGAAGCUAAACAGAUGACAAAAGAAUUCUCCGAAACUAAAAAUAUAUCAUUUCCGUUAUUGACAGUGAAAACUUUAGCUGUCAGACAAUUUGGUUUCUUCGUAUGGAAUAUACUAAUCAUAAUGACCAUCAUCAGCUUGUUAUCAUUUACAACAUUUGCUGUCGAUAACACUAAACCACAGAACAGAUUACAGCUAGGGUUUACAUUAACAUUGACGGGCGUUACUUUCAGAUUUGUAACCAAUCAGAGUUUACCUAAGAUAUCGUAUCUUACUAAAUUGGAUGUGUACAUAUUAUUCUGCAUGCUAUUCAACUUUUGCAUCAGUAUAUGGCACGCGGUUAUAACCCGGUUUAAUGACAACUCAGACCAAGAUUCAAUGGACUAUUGGGCAUUUAUUAUCUUUAUAAUUAUAUACAGCGUCUUCCAAUUGAUAUACUUCAUGAUAGUCGUCGGAAGUGUAAGUAUAAACUACUUGAUUAUAUAUACUUUAUGAUAGUCGUCGGAAGUGUAAGUAUAAACUAUAUGAUAAUAUAUACUUUAAGAUAGUCGUGGGAAGUG